ACAGUCAACUAUUUGAAAACUUUCAGGCUGUGAGCAUGUUGAGCCUAAAGGAUAAACUGAAUUAUCUGAUAAUAUUUUGCUGCUGUGUAUUUGUCUCUGUCCAUGGAAGCGGCAAAGGUAAACAUAGAUAUUAUUUUAUUGAUGGACUAGCUGUUAUACAUGUGCCAUGGUUGUUUGAGGGUAGGAACACUUGAGCACACUGCUAGAACAUAGACUAGAGAGAUAUAGAGUAAUCAUUACUGAGGAACAAAGAUAGAAGUUUAAAACUAUUUAUUUAAUAUUUAACAUAAUGAGUGUGAAAAAAACACGACAGAGAUUAAAAUGCUUAAUUCAACUUUCUUUAAAGUUGUACCAAAAACAAACAAUGUAGCACACUUUAUUGUUAUUGUUGUAUACAGGGCGUUGUUGCUGGACUAAAUAAAAAGAGUAUGUACAGCCAUUUAACAAUACAUACAUUUUAUAAUAGUGACGUACUUCUGGGGCACGCUAUGGAGUUUAAAAAAAAUAGAGAGAUGAUAUUUUAUGUAACGUCAAAUCAUAAAGGCACCUAAUUAACCAAAUAAUCAGAUGUUGUUCUUGGAAAAAUGUGCUGAUAUGAAUUAUUUGAACAUGGCAUGACAAAUUUGGGCAUAUUUAUGUGUUACAGCCACUAUGAUGGAAAUUACAUGUCAAUAUUAUAGAUGAUGAGGGAAAAUCGUAGAAAAUAUGUGAAUAUUUUUUAUUACCUUUUAUUACCAGGGCAUAUGGGCACUACCUCGAAGUAUUAUUGGCUUCUUGUCUAUCUGUAGAUUUGUUACACCUCUCAUCAUUAAUAUUAGGUUUCUGAGGUGUCUAUUAUUUGACUGAGCACUGAAUUAUGUGUGAGUAAGACUAAAGGGCUUUAGCUUCAGAUCAGGAGGUGCAUUCUCUCAGUGUAAACCAGAGUAAAGGUAAAAUCUGCAACUAGAUUUCCCUCUGUGGCAUGCAGCCUCACGGCACUAAAUCUCAACCAUGCCACACAAAAGCCACACAAUACAAUACAGUUCCUUUAUACAAUGCAUAUUAUCAUAAAGUUUAUUGUAAAAACAUUAAUUAAACAUUAAUUAAAUCAUGUAAACAUUACAUCUGUAGCAGAUAAGAUAAAACUUAAAACAAAUCUUUACAAACAUGAAUCUUAAUCUUAUCUUGCGCAAGUAAAUGGCCAGUAAGUCCUCCAGUUACUGAGAAAACAAUACUGAUAGAAUGAAAAACAAACUGUAUAAAAUAAAUUGUCUUAUGUAUAAAUAUACAUGUGAAUAUGAAACAUGUUGUUUUUAAAUACACAGCAUCUAAUUACCAUUAUGUCUAUAUUCUCCCUGUCUUUGAAAUGUUAGCACUCCAGAGAGCUCUGGGACAUAAUUAGACUAAUAAAAUGACAGAUAGAUAAAUAAUUAAGAUGGACGACAUGUGUGGGAUGGGACAAUUUAUAUAGUAUUAAGAUAAAAAAUGUAUUUCAUUGUUGCGAUCACAAAAGAAGAAAAUAUGCUUUAUGUAAACAGGCGUUAAUUCUUUUCUGGUAAGAAUUACGCAUUACUUUAAAAAAAAAUUGCAGGUCUACAUGCAUCGUGUGAUGUUGCGAUUAUGGUCCGAAGAAACAGCACUUGGAAGACUCCUCCACGACAAAGUCUGACAGUCAGCUGUCCGGUUAUACACUGUGGAGAAACGCUGGAGGUCACCUGGUGUAAACUCUUUGACUCAAACAACUGUGAACGGAUUCAUGAAACAAAAAAUGUGAAGAUAACACAGAAUCCUGAUAAGGAUAAGCUGAUGUCAUAUUUAAAUUUCAAGGAGAUUUCCAUUCAUGACGAUGGCAUGUACAGAUGUGGUUUACUAGGAUAUAAUGGCAGCGUAAUCAGCCAUUCCAUCAUCAUCUCAGUAUCAGACAUGUACCAGGGAGUUGAAAACCCCGAUAAUAAUGAUAAAAAUACAGGAACAACACCGAGCCCUGAUCACAAUGAAAACUGGAGGCCAUACUUCUACAUUUGUUUUGGCAUAGUGCUUCUUAUUCUCAUACUGACUGCCCUCAUCUUCUUGAGUUCUUGUGACUGGAAACGAGUGCUGACCUUAAACUACGUAAAGGGAGAGGAAAUGCCGACUCUUAUGAUACCAGACCUCCCUAAAUGGAGCCCUCCUUCCACUCCUGUCCCACUGACCAACUUGUCUGUUUUAAAUGACAUCUAUUCAUCAUACACUCCAGAAAGAUCAGUAUCACCAGCUUCCCAGCCCAGUUCGAACCAGAUUUCAGCUUCAAAUCCAGCACUUAAAUAUCAAGACUGUGAAGUAUAUGGUAUCAUCAAACAUAGACACGCUACCAAACAGGGUGGAAAAUAUCACACCAUGACUAACCAAGUUAAAAACCCAGAGUCUUCUUUCACUGCUGAAAGACCAGGAUCACCAGCUCACGAGCCGCAUGAGUACCAGAUUUCAAAUUCAAAUCCAGCAGUCAGAAAUGAAGACUAUGCAACGUAUGCUGUCAUCAACCACGGCAAACCUGCUGGAAAACGGCACACCGAGACUAACCAAGUUAAAAACCCAGAGUAUGCUGUCAUCAAAUUUUCCUGAGUGUUGUUGAUUUUAAAUGGACACUUGCAGAUGAAAAAACUGAAAAAUGUUUUGCAAUAUGUGGUGGAGUCAUGUGAUGAAACGUACAGCUGUACAGCCAUACUGCGGAUGAGAUGAAUGGAGGAAGCUUGUGGUUCUCUAAGUGAACUGCAUGUCUUCUAGAGUUAUCGUGACUAAACCGGAAGCAGCAGUGACUUCAUUCUCUAGCCCUCUGGUUUGUUCCCAGCAGCAGCACUUCUUUUUCAACUAAUAAUUUAUUGUACUUUGUAUUGUGCUUCUGAUGUCAUCUGAUUCCAGUCCUUGUAUUGACUUAACUGCAGUAACUGUCGUACUUUCAUAAAAAGGUCAUAAACAGAUUUCUUCUUGACAGACAAAUAACACUUAAAUGCAGUUUUCUGACUGAUUUGUUAUAGAAAGAUGGCAGUCAUUAAAAAAAAGACAUGUUAAUCAGCACUAGAGAGAUUUAAGAGAUAUGAACAGUUUCUCAUACCUGUCCCUCAUACAGCGCUUGUUGUUUUUGUCACCACUACUGUCAGAGACAACACCUUGCCUAUUGACCACAGAAGUGUGGUUUAGCUCAAAUGUGCAGGAAGUUAAAGACGGAAACAUUUCUGACAAUGACGUUUUUUGAACAGGGGACGCUCAGCUUCAACCACAUGUACGCAUUGUUAAUAUUGCACUUUGGGCAAUGGCCUUAUUAUUGGUCCUGUUUUUCACAUAUUCUAUACUUAAACUAAAAGAAAAACAAGAAAGAGUAGUAUUGGUUAGCUUUUAAAAGGUACCAGAAACUACAAGCAACAGAGAAUGGGGGGAUUAGAGGAAAUAUUAAAUAAAGACAACACAGUAGUUGUCAUAGUAGACUCUAUGUUUGUUAACCAUUUGAGGUUGGAAACCUUAAAGAAAUCUCCCCUUGUAAAAUGUUAUGGCCUUUUUGUGGACAUACACUGUGUGCAAUUCUGUUUAAGGGGGAUUUUCACCUUUAAAAUUUCUCGGAAUCAUUUUAUAAGUGAGUCUGAAGUUAGAGCAUUUUCCUGGAAAAAAGACAGCGUUUAUAAAAAUAUUAAAACAAUUAUGGUAAAGCUGCAAUUUAACUGUUUAGUAUAAUUUAAAAUGUCAGUAUAAAUGGGUAUUUAAUCCUGGCUCUCUAAUAUUUACACUCAGUUUAUCUACAUUAGUAUAUAUGUAUUUGUAUAUAUACAUGUUUGAUUUUUUGUUUUGUUUUUUAAAAUAAAAACAUAGACAAUAGACUACAGACUCUAUAGGUAUGAUUUUUUUUAAAUGUUGCAUUCAGUAUAAGUUCAAACCAUUGAUUCUGCCCAUAUGUUUUUACUGAGGCAUAUAUGGUGGGGGGACCAGGGAAAGUUUUUUCAUAUCUGUACGACCAAACUUUUUUUCUUUUUGAAAUCACAGAAGUUGCCCCUCGUUCUUAGAAAGAAUUCAGAUUUAAGGUACUUGUGAACUGCCUUCGCUUUUAAUAAUUUCGAGCUGUGGCCAUCUUUUACUGUAUGUGCAGUGUGUGAUAUCAGCUAACAGAUCAAUAAAGCAGUAAUGCAUGAUCAUAAUUUUCUUGUCAAGUCUCAAAAACAGAAAUCGACAGAAAAUAACACUCAUUUACUACAUUAUGCUUGUGGAAAGGUUUGCUGUGAUUUAUAAGCUGGUGAGCAGUGUGCCCAGGCUCAUACCAUGGAAUAAUGAGUGCUUUUAAUAUGUUUAUUAUUUAAUAUUUCAAGUUUUUUUUAACCUUCAUUACUUCUGAAAUACAAUAGCCACAUGAAAUCUUAAACACAGAAACACACAUUUAAGCUCUUAUAAAAACGGCCAAUCAAAUCUAAUUUUCACCUACUCCAGCCAAGAUUCUUUCUUUAUUUACAAUAUGCUUUUUUCCCAUAACUUUGAGCAUCAAUAUAAUGGGAUAUAUAUGUCUUUUAGCUAUAUGCUGCCUAUCUGUGUCUGUUACGACUGUGAUCGUAAUCAUGUGUGAAUUUGAGUGUCCAGGUGCUCCUCCGGGAUUGGUGGAUGGCUCACACCAAUUGGCUGAGGACUGCGAGACAGCGGAUAAGAAGAGACCGCCUGGGACUGCCAAUUCAUUCAUCCUCGGCCCAACCCAACCGGCAGACCGUUCACUGUGUCACUAUAUUAUGUUAAUAUAAGAGCAUGUAGGGGUGGACCGCCUUUUUGUUUGAUCAGUUUUCUCCUGUUUUUGUUAGGCAGGGAGGAAAGUGAUUGCCGUUUGGUUUAGUUCUUUUGAGUAGAUAAGUUGUGUUUAUUCCUGAGAUAGGUUACUUUUUGUUUGUUGUUUUGGCCUUGGGUUCACCCUGAAGUUAUGAUAUGCUCCCUUCCUUUGUUUAACUGCACUUAUUGUAAAUAAAUCACUGUCACAAAAUAUUAAGUGUGUGACGUGCUGCUUGGGGUUGGACGGGGAUGGAUCACCCUUUAAGUUGUGGUCUGACCGCGCCUAGACGGGCCAUAACAGUGUCUAUGGAGGUUUUCAGAGGUAAGAAGAGGUGUAUUAUACUGUUUCUUGGGCCUCUUGAAUAGACCUGAAACAACCUGGUGCUAGGGUCCCUGGGUCGUUGACCCAGUGUUUUGUGUUUUUGGUUCUUUGAUUUUGUUAUUUCAUUAUAUUCUAGCUUUGCUUUAUGGGUUUUAGGAUUAUUCUUAGUUUAGGUUCUCUGGGUGGGGUUUGGUUAGAGUUUUAGUGUUCUGGUUUUCUGUCUGUGUUCCAUGUUGCUGUCUCCCCUGUCUGCUGUAUCCCCACAUCCAGUCAGUGUUUGCCCUGGUCCCACGUCUCUGUUCCCUUUGUUAUAGUGCCUGCCUGUGAGUCUGUGUAAUGUUUCCUGUUUUACUUUGAAAGUCCAUGUCUGAUGUUAAUGUG